AUGGCGGCCAUCGGACAUAUCCGCCCGGUCACUUAUCCCGAAUGGGUGGCCAACAUUGUACUCGUGCCAAAGCCUCCAUCCUGGAGAAUGUGCAUAGAUUUCACCGACCUGAACAAGGCGUGCCCGUUAGAUCCUUACCCAUUGCCGAGCAUCCAUCAGAUGGUCGAUGAGACGGCCGGGGCCGAGCUGAUGAGCUUUAUGGAUGCAUUUAAAGGGUAUCAUCAAAUCAUGCUGAACCACGAAGAUGAGAGCGAGAUGACUUUUGUCACACCUGAUGGGUUAUAUUAUUCGGAGGGGGUACAGCGACCGGUUUACUAUGUGAGCCACGCGCUCCAUGGUCCCGAGCUCCGGUACUCCCGGCUGGAAAUGAUAGUCUACGCUCUGUACACGGCAGCGAAGAAAUUGGCCCCUUAUUUUCAGGGUCGAGCGAUCCGUGUGUUAAUUGAUCAACCUAUCGGGGUGGUUCUCCGCACCGCUUCUUCCUCCGGUCGCCUAGUCAAAUGGGCGCUGAUGUUGACACAAUAUGCAAUCGAGUACCGACCGAGACCAGCUAUCAAGGGCCAAGCUUUGGCGGAUUUCUUGGUCGAGUGUACCGCUCGGGAAACACGACUUCCGCAGGUCGAAGAUCCUGAGGCUGCAUGGUGGUCGUUGGCCACCGACGGGUCAAGUAGCAAGAAGGGAGCCGUGGGAGGAAUUGUGAUAACAAGCCAAGAAGGCUUCAAAGUGUAUUAUGCCUUGAUGUAUCAAUUUCACCCGACCAACAAUGAAGCCGAGUAUGAAGCAUUUGUUAAUAGCUUGCAAUGUGCUCAGGAUCUGGGUGCGGAAUAUAUCCGGGCUCAAACCGACUCUGCGUUAGUCGUCGGCCAGGUGUUCGGUGAUUAUGAAGUUAACGGAGAACGGUUACAGUACUACCGAGAUCUUGCCAUGGAGAAGCUUUCUUUGUUUCGGGCGUAUACCAUCCGUCACGUUCCCUGA